CCGUCAGGGCUGGCUGGUGAGGGCAGCCAGAGGGUGAUGACACCGUUGUGGUCCCCAGGGCCACCAGGGCACGUGUCCCCAGGAGAGUGUGUACUGUGAGAACAAGUGUGGGGCCCGCAUGAUGCGGCGCCUGCUGUCCCAGCACGCCCUGGCCGAGUGCCCCAAGCGCACCCAGCCCUGCACCUACUGCUCCAAGGAGUUCGUCUUUGACACCAUCCAGAACCACCAGUACCAGUGUCCCCGGUACCCUGUGCCGUGCCCCAACCAGUGUGGGACACCCAGCAUUGCCCGGGAGGACGUGCCCACCCACCUCAAGGAGAGCUGCAACACUGCCAUGCUGCUGUGCCCCUUCAAGGAAGCUGGCUGCAAGCACCGGUGCCCCAAGCUGGCCAUGGGCCGGCACCUGGAGGAGAGCACCAAGGCCCACCUGGGCAUGGUGUGUGCCCUGGUGAGCCGGCAGCGGCAGGAGAUCCUGGAGCUGCGCCGGGACGUGGAGGAGCUGUCGGUGAGCAGCGACGGGAUCCUCAUCUGGAAAAUCGCCGACUACGCCCGCAAGCUGCAGGAGGCCAAGGCCCGCAGCAACUACGAGUUCUUCAGCCCCCCAUUCUACACCCACAAGUACGGCUACAAGCUCCAGGUGUCGGCGUUCCUCAACGGCAACGGCAGCGGCGAGAGCAGCCACCUGUCCGUGUACAUCCGCGUGCUUCCGGGCGAGUACGACAACCUGCUCGAGUGGCCCUUCUCCUACCGCGUCACCUUCUCCCUGCUGGACCAGAGCGACCCCUCGCUCUCCAAGCCCCAGCACAUCACCGAGACCUUCCACCCCGACCCCAACUGGAAGAACUUCCAGAAGCCGGGGGCCUCGCGCAGCUCCCUGGACGAGAGCACCCUGGGCUUCGGCUACCCCAAGUUCAUCUCGCACGAGGACAUCAGGAAACGGAACUACGUGCGGGACAACGCCAUCUUCAUCAAAGCCUCGGUGGAGAUCCCUCAGAAGAUCCUGGCCUGAGCCCCGGAGGGGGACAGGGUGUGACCGGGGUGCCCGCACGGGGGUGCCCCGGAUGGUGCUGAGCCCCUGCCCGAGGUGCCCGGCAAGACCCCACCAGCCUCGCUGGGGACCCUGCAGGACCCCACUGGCCAGAGCCAUAUUUUGUAAACUGGUGCUCCCCAGGUUGUUAUUUAUUACCCCGGGCUGGGGCUGCUGCCCCCUCCCCACAUUUUUUUCUUUUCAAUAAACUUUUCUUGUAUUUAUUA